GAAAACCCAUGUUAGGCUGUGAAAUGCAGGUCCUCUCUUGAUGUUUGGGUUGGGGGGUUAAAUACAUUAAAGGGUGACCUUAAUUUAAAAUUAGAAGGAUGGAAUCCAAGGUUAUAGGGUUCAUAUUCCCCUGACAAACCUGCAUUACAGACAACAAUAUGAGUUAACUUUGCACGUGAGGCUAUUGUGGAACCCCCACCACUGAGGCAUAUACCUAUGUUUAUAUGAUGCACGUGUGCAUUCUUUCUUUAUAACCUGGGAAAAGGAGUCAUAAGACUUGCAAGUCAAGAAAAAGGUCUCCAAUUUGCCAAUCUUAUUUAUCUGAAAACAGCUGCAAUCACAAGCAGGAGAGGGUGAGAGACCAAACUCAAGUUUUAACAAUGGAGACGGCAGAGUUGCUGAAGUAAAGGCAGAGAACUGAGUAAUUAAGGAUAUACAAAUUAACACAAAAUAAUUUCAGUGGGUUAGGUAAAAUGAUAGCCAUCAAAAUUGUCCAACUCUCUCUUGGUUGUUCCUACAGAGGAGUAGGUAAUUGAAUAUGGUAUUUUAUCAUGUUAUUUGUGUAGCUUAGAGUUGGUAAAACACAUGACCCGUGCCUAGGAUGCUAUUGACUUUGCUUGAAACAGGGCAAAUCUAGCCAACCCAUAACAUAAAAUAAGGCAUUAUAAGAGUAUAAGACACAGAACGAUAUGGCAUUAGUGCACUAACCUUAAAUAUAUUGCUUCUACUUAGUAAUUAAUUGCUAACCUUAAGAAAAACCCAAGGAGGCCAACUAUUUGUAGAGUAGAAUACAGGCCUAUCUCCUUGUUGAUGGCUUUGGUUUGCGAGAUUAAAAGCAUUCAUUACCUGGGAAUUAUGGAAGGGUACCUGCCAUUUCCAUUUGCUUACUCUUCAUAUUGUUUUUCUUCCUUAAUUUAAAGAGAGAAAGAGAAGCUUGCGCACGUGGGGUUGCAUGCCCUUCUUCUCGCCGUUCCUUUUUUCCUUUUGGAGGAAUGAACGGAAAAUCAAACUAAAAAAGACUCCUCAUUUCGAUUCUUGCAUUGUUUUUGCCUACUGGGUGUUCGAUCUUUUGCUUCACAGGUGGAAACCUCAUCGAGAAGUAUGUCCUUUUUGAGGUUUUAGUUGGUGGGUUUGAUUGGCUUUUGGAUUAACCGCGUGGGUUUUGAUGCAGUAGAGUUUUGAGUGUUGUUACAAUGGUGGAGCUCCAGUCUUGCGCUAGUUUGAUAAAUUCAUCUGCAUUAUGUGUGAUAGAGCAAGAAAUGAAAGGAGAGAGUGUAGAUGUCGUUGCAGAGAUAUCAGCAGAGUUGCAGAGGGAAAGGCAGAGAAAUGCUGAGCUCUUGGAGAGAAUAUCUAUAUUGGAAGCUAAGAUGCUCGGAAGAGACAAACCAAUUCGUAGAGAUGAACAAGGCAGUUGUGCCAAUGCAACGGAAACAAGUAUCAAGAAGGUCAAAAGACAAAGGAUUGACAGAAGUGAAGACAUGGCUGAAGAUAAAAAUAUAUCUAUCAAUAAUACGGCCUUGCAGAUGAAACAUGAGACGCGAUAUAUGCUCCAUGGAGAAGCAAAACUAGAAGACUGCAUAGUGAACUGGAUGAGCAUGGAUAAUCAUGAGACCCAGUUGUUACAUAUUGAUAGACUGAAAGACGAUGACUGUGCUGCAGAUUGUGAUGAUACUGAUGAUGGAGUUGAGUCUGAAGAAGCUGCUACUAAUAUUGAUCACAAAUAUGGAGCAAUAGAUGGGAAUACUGAAUAUGCUAAUGAAGUCAAAGUGUGUUGUCAUGAAGAAGCAGGUGCUAAUGAUGGAAUAAAUGGUCCAUGUAUGAGAAUUUCCUUUGGUGGGCAAGAUGUCCCAACACUUCCUCAUGUGGACGUAGUAACCAAUGAAGAGAGAUAUUGUAGACUAUCCAACAGAGAACCUGUUUAUAACCAGAGAGAUUUCCGAGAUCAGGACAGAGAAGAAACCAGAGUAUUUGGACAUUCCCAGAUGCCGGUAGCUAAUUCUAAAUCUAAUAAGGAGGCAUGUAAGUCAGGAUUUGGUAGUAUGCCAUUGCUUAAGAAGCCUCCAAAGGUGGCUUUUUGUCCAAAAGAAGUGAAGAGAAUUCUAGAAUCAGAAGCCCUUUUGUCGAAAAAUGCUCAGUCCCACUCCAUAAGGAAAAUCAUAGUUUUUGCAUCUCUCGGUAUCAGACAUGGUAGUGAAGAUAUGUAUGACUUAGAUUUCAAUCAUUUUAGUAUUAUAGGGAAAGGGGAACCAUAUUUAUCUCCGAAGAAUCCUGGGGAGCAUGUAUUAUACGAAAAUCCUGGUGUGAGGAGGAAAAUAUUUUAUCCAAAUAGGCUGAAUCCUACAUUGUGUCCUCUUCAAAUUCUGGAGGAGGAGAAGGCUAUGCGUCCAUCAGAUCCCAGUUGCCCCUCGUGCUUAUUUUUGUGCAUAAAGUAUGGUGGAAGGACAAGAAAUCUUCCCCAAAAUGAAUAUGUCCGGCAGCGAAUGGGAAGAAACAAGCUUAAGUCUUUUGGACCGGUUAUCUGCCGAAUGGCAAUACUAGUCCAUAUUCGCACUGGAAGCUUCUUUUUCAAGGCAUUGGGCAUCACACUUCUGUUCAUGGCUGGUUUUCCUGAUGACCUGGUUCAAAGAGAAACCAAACAUCAGAACUUAGAUUUGCUGCAAAAGUAUUACAGGACAGAUGAGGAUGCCAAAGGAGAGGAGUUAUUUCUUCCACAUCCCGAGACUUGUGAUACUUCUACCGCGAAUUCCCAACUGUUAACUGGGAAGAUGAUUUUGACAAAACUCAAGGGCAAGAAGCAAACCAACCAUGUUAAUAAGCCUGCUAAUUCACAGAAGUCCUCAGCUCUACAAUAUGAGCCUUCAAACACUGCACCUCCUGCACAAUUUGGGCUAAUGGGAUAUAACCCAAUUCAUGCUCAGCCAGUGGCAUCUUUCCUACCCAUGCCAUCUCUAUCUCCUGCAGAAAUUUCAGCAAUCCCAAAGCCUGUGAUUACUGGUUCUGUUAGUACUGUUCCCCAUAGCAACCAAACCCCAUAUCAUAUGUUCCCACCACAACCACCUAGUGUGUUUAUGCCUAUGAUAUAUUGGCCUCCACCAAGUGCAUUCCCUCCUAGUUCAUACCUAUCCACUUAUGGUUACCAAUCUUUUCCAUCCAUUGGAAGUUACAUGUCCACCCAUCCACAACCUUAUUAUAAUCCAUCCUGUAGUCCUUUCAUCCCCAAAAUGGUAGAAGACCAUAAAAAGACUGACAUAGCCCCGGAGGAAGCAAGUACGGACUCUGCUAGCAGUUCCAGUAGUACAGAACCACAAGAGGCAUUGCCAAGCUGCAAGUGAUGGACGGUUUACCAUAAAUUUUGCUGCAUCUAUUUGAACACAUAUGGAAACUACAAGUAGCGAUGGAAGGUAUGGUGCUCUAAUGAGCUUCCAUCCAACUUCUCACGGAUUACUUAUCAGUAGAAACACAGUUAUGAGAAUCAGUGUGGUUUUAUCAUGUAUCAGUAAAGCUAUAUGCAGAGAUAAUAAGUCUUGUUCUUCAAAUGUGGAGUAAUAAGAUUAUAAUUUUCAUCUGUAAAA